GUUCUUUCCAGAGUCGUCUUCGGUCUGAAACAGCCAUUGUUCCGGUUAAAAAGAUCCAUGCUGCCAAGCAAUCAUGGCGUCGGAGCGGUACAGCUUUUCCCUGACAACAUUCAGUCCAUCGGGGAAAUUAGUGCAGAUUGAGUAUGCAUUGGCAGCUGUGGCAGCAGGUGCCGCCUCCGUUGGGAUCAAGGCUGCCAAUGGAGUUGUUCUCGCCACGGAGAAGAAACACAAGUCCAUUCUCUAUGAAGAGCAUAGUGUCCACAAGAUUGAGGUGAUCUGCAGUCACAUCGGGAUGGUCUAUAGUGGUAUGGGUCCUGAUUAUCGCUUGCUGGUCAGAAAGGCACGCAAGAUAGCCCAGGAGUACUUCCUCAUAUAUAAGGAGCCCAUUCCAACCUCUCAACUUGUGCAGCGUGUCGCCAUGGUCAUGCAAGAGUACACACAAUCUGGGGGUGUGCGACCAUUUGGUAAUUCACUGCUUAUAGCUGGAUGGGAUGGAGGAAGGCCAUUUCUUUUUCAGUGUGACCCCUCUGGGGCUUACUUUGCCUGGAAGGCCACUGCCAUGGGCAAGAACCACAUAAAUGGCAAGACUUUCUUAGAGAAGAGGUACAAUGAGCAACUGGAGUUAGAAGAUGCUGUGCACACAGCCAUUCUGACCCUGAAGGAGGGCUUUGAAGGACAGAUGACUGCUGACAACAUUGAAAUUGGCAUCUGUGAUGACAGUGGGUUUCGCCGCCUUACUCCCACCGAGGUUAAGGAUUAUCUUGCCAACAUUUCAUAACUUGAAAAUCUUCAAAAUAUAUAAAAUCUGUGGGCCUUUUGUUUUUCAUUUGGCUCCAAUGGAGUUCUACAUGAACAUCAUUUGCUAACUGUUAAGUAUGAACGUAUACUA